AUGAUCCGAUUAUCUCCAGGAUUUGCAAUCAAUCACCGUUUUCAAUUCAAUUCCCAGAAAUCGAACUUUUUUCCCGCUCAAAUCGCGUCACGACGGAGGAACUUCUCCAGAAUCGGAUCGGAGAGCGGCGACGGCGUCGCAUUCGACGCUGUAGCUUACGAGUCUGAGCGGCUGAGCCUCGACGCGGCGGCGAUGGAGGAUAUGGCGGAAACGGCGAGGAAGGAGCUUGAAUCGGAAUCGGAAUCGGAUCCAGAUAGUGAUCCGAAAGCGUGGAAAUGGAUAAUCCGAAAGAAGAUGUGGGAUCUGAUGGAAGCUCGGAACUACUCCAUGAACCCUAGACCCGUUCAUCAUCGGAUCCCUAAUUUCGUCGGCGCAUCGGCUGCCGCAAGAAAACUUGCUGAGCUUGAAGCUUUUCGUAUGGCUACGGUCGUGAAAGUCAAUCCCGAUUCACCGCAAAAGCAAAUCAGGUUUCUUACACUUUCCGGUGACAAGAAGCUGUUGACUCCUCAACCUAGGCUAAGAACAGGAUUCUUCUCUGUACUAGAAUUGAGUCUGUUGAAACCGGAAACGAUCAAUGAAGCUUGCACAUCGGUCGGAGUAGCCAAGUAUGGAAGAGCGAUUGGUUUAGAUGAGAAAAUCAAAGUGGAUCUCAUUGUUAUCGGUUCUGUUGCGGUUAAUCCACAAACCGGUGCUCGGUUAGGGAAGGGAGAGGGUUUUGCGGAACUUGAAUAUGGAAUGUUGCGUUACAUGGGAGCUAUUGAUGAUUCCACAUCCGUUGUUACAACCGUGCAUGAUUGUCAGCUAGUGGAUGAUAUACCUCUCGAGAAGCUUGCGAUUCACGACGUUCCUGUGGAUAUCAUUUGCACUCCUACUCGAGUCAUUUUCACUAAUACACCAAUACCAAAACCGCAAGGAAUUUAUUGGGACAAACUGUCGCCGGAGAAGCUACAACAGAUUCGGAUACUGAGAGAACUAAAGAAGCGGUUGGAAAAGAAGACUGGCGUUAAACUACCGACAGGGCCAUCGGAGAAAUUACCUCCCACGGCUGAGCGCAAACGCCGUUAA